AUGUCAGGCUCAGUCGCUGUUGCCCGCCCGUCGCAGCCUCCCCGUUUGCGCCGGGAGUCACAGCGCCCUGGCGUCGCGCGCACCAUGACCCGCCAGUCCAACAUGGAGGACGAGGGCGUGAAGCAGGAGGAUGCCCGCAAAUAUGUCUAUACGCAGCAAGACAUCCUGGCCAGGCACAAGGGCAAGCCGCCGUCGCUCCGUGUCUACCUGCACCCCAAGCACUUCCGCUUGAACGACUCCCAGGAGACGCUGUCCUAUGCCUCUCCUAUGCGCGAGCUGCUGCAGGCCAUCAAGGACAAGGAGGUGCCCCACAACAUGGUCGAGGAGCUCUACGAGUUCAACACGCCCUGGUACGACAACUGCCUCAUCGUCGAAGUUCACGACUACCGCUCCGCCGGCGUCAAGCCCAAAGAUGAUACCAACAGCACGGGCGAGGCCGGCACCAGCGCCUUCUCUAUCCACAACUACAACAACUUCAUAACGCCCUCCCCCUUCGCUCCAUUCCCAGUCAACAAGCCCGAUGCGAAGCCUGGCCAGCCUAACGCACAGAGCAAAGACGACGAGACCAAGGAGGACAAGGAGAACAUGCCCGCUCCGGGUCAGAACGGCGCCCUGUCGAAGCAGCCUGGGAUUGGCAAGGUCAGGACAGUGGUGCUGUUUCCGACUCCGCAGUCGCAACUGGCCGACAUGCAGCUUCUGGCCACCACGCCCGUCCCUGACAUGGCCACCCUCAAAAGAAUGCAGGCCCAGGGCAGGGCUGGGGGCAUGCCACCGACUCCAAUGACUGCAGUACCCUCAACGCCCACCUUUCCUAAUGGGCCCAGUCCGAAGCGGCAGAAAAUGGUCCUUGACGACAGCAACGUGCACGAGUUCGAGGCUGAGUUUUUGAACGCUACAUGCCCGCCCCUCUACCUGGAACCAACCAAGAGCUUCGGCCAAUCCCUCGCUCUCAUGGAUGCCAUCACACAUCCGAACAAUAAGAACCCCGCGCCUCCACGCAAGACUCGUAAGAGGACUACCGCCGAAUUGGCUGCCGACGAGGCCGAAGCGCAGAACAUGCAGCGCUUCAUGUUGGCAGGCGACGAGUACCAGAGCAUCAUGACGGCCACCGCUACAGGCAACGACGACAACGCCGUGCGCGCUGCUGCGAAUUCCCAGACCUUCGCCCGCUUCAAGACUAUUGCUAACAUCCGCGCAAAUCACGAGGAAGCCGACCGGAGGAAGAAGGAAGAAGAUGCUCGAAUUGCUCAGGCCAAGCGUGCGGCGCAGAUGGAGGCCGAGAUCCAGAGAAAAAGGGAGAUGGAGAACAGGCAGCAAGCCGAGCUUGCGGAGCGUCAACAGCAGCAACAAGCCCUUCGUCAGCAAGCGCAUCAGGCGCAACUACAGCAAAACCAGCAACAGAACGAGGCCGCGCGAGCCGCUGCGGCAGCACAGCACCAGAUGUCCAAUGCGGCAGCGAUACAGGUUACACAGACACCCUAA